AUGAAGGAGGUGAAAGGAUUUUGUGAGAAUUAUAUGAUAUCUCAUAGUGCAGACGCAGUGGAACUGCGCAAACAUUUCGGUGAUUUCUUGGAUGAGGUAAUGCCCGACUUAUAUAUCUUCUAAGGAACCUCUAAGGACUAAACAGGAAUGGCACCCUUAUGAAGCCUGUAGGUGGCCAAUACAAAUAUGACUAUAUUUGUAUUGGCCACCUAUAUUUGUAGUGGCCAAUACAAAUAUGACUAUAUUUGUAUUGACCACUGAUUGUAAAGAGACUUCUUUACAAUCAGUGAAGACAUAUUUGUAUAAUAGACCGCACUUGGUCACAGCAGCCGACGCUUUGGUAUGAAGCUAGUCUAUGUAUUUUUCACUUCUACAAGUAUAACCAUUCAGGAUUCUAUUCCUGCAGUUGUUUGAUUAUAAUUUCGUCUUAAUUCAAUAUGAAAAAGAAGCAGGGCCCGCGGAGCGUAUUAGAGAGUGGGGGGGAGGGGGGGCUAAAGGGUGAGGUUUAAUUAAUUUAGAAAGUUUCAUUUAGAUUUCUAUUUUAAUAAUUUUGGCUGUCAAAAAAAGUGGGGGGGCUAAAGCCCCCCCAGCCCCCCUGUCUCCGCGGUCCCUGAGAAGAGAACUCCAGUUUUCCUCCACUUGGCAUUGAACUGCCCAAAAGCUAAAGCCAAUUAUAACUCUUGCCAAAACGGGUCAAGCAGAACGAAAUACGUUUGGGGGCCCAAAACCUGACGACAUACCGAAGGGCCCCACCCCCAAUAACAUAUCACUUGGACCGGCCCUGCCUGUGAUGACCCUAAGCCCUUACUGAACUUCUAGGGAGAACUGUUAGACAUAUAUCCGAUGUAGAUUCGAUGUGCAUAAAAUUCGCUUUAAUUUUUCUUGUAGCAUAUAAGACCGUCAACCAACAUUUCCUAAUAUUUUUCUUAGAAUAUUCAGCAGUAUGUAAAUCUAGUAAAGACAACGUGCUCGGAUGAAACUCCGUUGAUUUUUAUCUUCCGUCUAUCUGACUUGGACGCCGCUAAUUCUUUUUGGAAGAAUUUUAAUGAAGGAGACCUAAAGUCUACCAUUAAGGCGAAGCUUCAGAGUUUUGGAAACGAGAAGAAUUGUUUUAAGAAUAAAGAUAUUAAGUUCGAUAUUGCCAUUGACGAAGAUGAUUUUCAGAAAGUUCAUCAUACACUUAAAAAUCCUAAAGAAUGUAAGUCAAGGGCACAAUAUAAAAUAGAUCGUAUGAUUGUAAUUUUACGGCAGGAAGGACACCUAGUAAUUGCGUCUUUUAUUCCAAUCCAUCAUCAUCAUCAUCAUCAUCAUAAUCGUCAUCAUAAAUAAUCAUCAUCAUUCAUUAUCAUCAUCCCCAUCAUGAUCAUCAUUCUCACCAUCAUUAUUUUUCACCUUUCGGAACCACUUACCUAAUUAAAUUGGUCUUCAAUUUUACCUCUUCGACAAGGACUUGAGACUUUAGUAAUUUAGAAGUGAUCAAUUUAUCCAUUAUAACUGAGGGCAUGUAGUAAAACACUGACUACCGGAACACCGCCGGAACACCGCCGGAACACCACCGGAACACCACCUAACCCUAACCCCAACCCUAACCCCCAACCCUAACCCCAAACCCUAACCCCAAACAAAAUGGUGGUGUUCCGGUGUUCCGGUGGUGUUCCGGUGUUCCGGUAGUCAGUGUUUUACUACAUGCCAUAACUGAGGUUAGUUUAGUUCACUUUUACUCACUUUUAGUUACGUUUUUCUUAUCAUUGGUAUUGCUUUUCAUUUGGUUGUAAAACACAAUAUUAUGAUUUAUAUUUAGGUCAGGUGUUAGUUGAUGGUAUGGAAAAACAGGAGUUGAAAUUACGCGACUACCAGAUUGAGCUUGUUCAACCCGCACUUGAGGGUAAGAAUACCAUCAUCUGCGCGCCUACGGGUAGGGGCAAAACGUUUGUUGCCAUGGAAGCUAUAAAGCAUCGCAUGACCCAACCAGAUCCAAGAUAUAUUGCGUUCAUAGUAAACACGGUCAGCUUGGUCGAGCAACAGCAGUCGUGUUUGGAGCGAUAUCUCCCAGAGUCUGUGGUAGUCUCGAGUGUUUGCGGCAGUAAUCCAGAUGUCUCGCUUCCUAACGUCUUGGAGGGUACUCAUGUGGUCGUAUUAACUGCACAAGUGUUAGUGAAUUCUCUCAAGAAGGACAAGCAAGCCAGCGAGCAAGCUGCUGCAGUGGAGAAGGAGAAGGAGAUUUCAAUAUCGCAAUUUUCGCUUCUGGUGUUUGAUGAAUGUCACCAUACUACCAAGGAACAUCCGUAUAAUGAAAUCAUGAGAUGGUACAUGAAAGAGAAGUUUGAGGUAUGAACAUGCAUUAUGUUGUUGUUGGGAUAGAACUUUAUAUUUCUUGGUUUACAGAUCCGCCGACCGUAAAAAUCUGGAAAGUGAAAAAAAGUUGAAAAUACAUCUCAACUGUCUGGCUCAUCAUACCUCCUAAAUUGAAUAAAAUCAUUUAGCGUUAUAAAAUACUACUAUUUAACAAAUAUAAAACAUUUUCCGUGUUGAUAUACAGUUAUAUCAACACGAGUGGAAUUGGGAAAACGAGAAAUUGUAUGGAAACACGACGCCCGAAGGGCGGAGUGUUUUCAUACAAUUUCCAGUUUUCCCAACUUCCACGAGUGUUGAUAUAACUAUAUAUCAAUACGGAAAAAAUGUUUUAUAUUUUUUUUAUAAUAUAGCAAUGUCAAAAGCCCGAAGGAUAAGAAAAAUUUCCGUGUUUAUAAGCGGCAGAAAAUUUCCCGUGUUGACAUUGAGUUAUAUCAACACGGCUCUUAGCCAAUCAGCGUUCAGAAUUUACAAAUGCUAUAUUAUAAAAGAAAAUAUAAAAUAUACUCCUAUAAGAAAAUAUAAAAUAUACUCCAGGAAAAGAUUGUAUUUGAUUCUGCCCAUAACAUAGUCUUGUAGUAAUUUGGUUCGGCCAUAAACAUAGUCGUGUUUUUAUAACCUACAAUCUUUUUGGAGAAAAAAUCUGUAAACCGAUAAUACAAAGAUCUGGCCUUGUUGUUGUAUGCGGAAAUUUGGUUUCCCUAACCGCUUUCUCUACUUUUUACCUUUUUCUUUUUUCAUUUGUUUUUUUUUUCUGAAUCCAAUGCCAUGUGUAAUAAAUAUUUCUAAUCCUAUACAGGUUUCCUCUUCUAAUCUUCCACAAAUUAUUGGUCUCUCUGCGUCUCUGGGCAUUGGGACUGGAAAUAGCGGAUGUGGCACGAGAGCUGAGCAAUAUAUCAUGGGAUUAUGCGCCAACCUUGAUGUUCAUGAAUUACAGGCAAGUAAACUAAAAUGAAAUGAACUGAAAGAAUUGCCCUUAGAAGUACUUACGUCAGGCAAUGUUUUAUUGUGGGAUACUUUUGGGUCGAUAAUUUAAUGUUUGGAAAUUACAAGCCCGUUUACACUACACUCAAUUUUUGGUACCCGUAUCAUUUUUAUCCGUGCUUGGACUAGGUACGGGUACCAGUUUUAUCCGUGUCGUACCAAAAUUCGAGAGUAGUGUAAACGGGGCUGUGCGUGACGCAAGCACUUCUAAGGUCCAUCACACUGCACUGUCGUAUACUACACUGCACUGCACUGCACAGCAUCGCGCCGAACCGAAUUACAUGAAACCGCAGCAAAACUAACUGAACUGAGAAAGCCAAAAAAGGAGAUCCUCGAUUGGAAUAGCGGAAACCUAAACCACACUUAUUUUACUUAUACUGGGUUGCUUAAUCCGUUCUAAACUGUUUGGUUAUUGACUCAGUGUUACUGCAAGAGGAAACCGGAGUACCUGGGAUGUUUGAAUCAAACUGGAAGUACACUUCUCACGGUCACAUGGGACGGUGGUGAAAUGAUAUAAUGAAACAACCAUGUAUUGCAGCAAUCGUACUCUUGUCAUAGAGGCGAAAGCCACGUGCCACCAACACUGCGAAUAAUUCUUUCAUAUUCUUGUUCAAUAUUUGUAUAUUGUCUCAUUUUUUGUAUCGGCCAUUGUUGUCGUUGUUUAACUUGUAUCAUUUGGAUUCAGGUACAUGUAGAAGAGGAAGCCACCACUACGAAAAUCACGCCGAUAUCACGUGAUUACAUCAACGUAUUUCAGAAAACCAUCAAGGACGUCAUGACCGAAAUCGAAAAGAUGAUGUCAUCAGUUGACAUACAUGAGCACCAGUAUGGUAGCCAACCCUACGAAAACUGGGUGGUCAACCAGCUGAAGGAGAAUCUUGGUAGAGACAUGUUGACCUGCUUAGAACAUUUGAAGUUUUAUAACAGUUCACUGAUGAUCAACGAUGAGGUCCGUUCUGAGGACGCACUCCGGUAUUUACGGGAAAAUAUCGAGCAGCCUCAAGAGUCGACGGAAGUGGAAAACAAACCUCGAAAAUUAACGGAAAUGGAAUUCAAACUUCGAGAGUUAAAAGACAAAGCUACAGCAGUCAUCCGACAGGGUUUCGAGGUAUCCCAACUAAACCCGGGUUUGCGAAUGUUACAAGAACGCUUGCUCGAGAAGUUGUCUUGCCGUGGAGAAAAUGGCUUUGAGUCUAAAGGAAUUAUUUUUGUGAGUACGCGAUUCGUUGCUGAAGCAUUGGUCGACUGGCUGGGAAAAUCACAGGCUUUAAAGAAUUUGGUAAAAAGACCAACCUCGGUGAUUGGCUGUGGUCAGCGAAACGGAAAAGGUAAUAUAGAUUUUAUGCACUGCGAUUUAUGGAGACGAUUUCAGAUGUACUGUGAUCGUAUUUGGGAAAUAUAAUAGUGAGCGUCAUCUGACGCAUCACCAACUGAAAAUAUUCGUCAUUAGCAUCCACUUGAACCCAACUCGGGCCGAUAUAUCGCAUAAGGGCUUAUUGAUAUGAGCCCGCUUUACCCUUGACUCGUACCCAGUCCCUCGAAUGGAGAUUGAAAACACCUCCGACCACUGAUCUAUAUAUGUACGAUGGCUUGAAUACCAUCAACACAGAAUAGAGACUAUAAAGAAGCCCGACUUCUUGGUUUUUCCUAUGAUUUUGGCGUAACCAUAAUUCGUCAUCAAAAUGCUGACGCCAUGGCCUUAGUCAGUGUACUUAUGAGAGGUGUUCACCAUAGGUAUUCAUCAUAGGUAUUCAUCCCCUCUGAUAAUAUUCAAAAUGGCGGACGUGAUCGACGUCCAGGGGAAAUGCCUUUCAUAAGCGCACUGACUAUAGGAUUAGGACCAUGGCGUCUUUAUUCUGUGCCAUAAAACCUUGAGACAUCCGAAGUUCCGAACGAGCGUACUUUGCCGAGAGGCCCGAGACCCAUUCCAUCCGUGUUUAUAUUGUUUACUGAUUUUCAUGUUUCAGCUGGUAUGGCAAAAGCGAGCCAAGACCGUGAAAUCAAGAACUUUCGUGAAGGUGACUGCAAUGUCAUUGUAGCGACUUCAGUUCUGGUAGAAGGAAUCGAUAUCCCAAAAUGUAAUUUCGUCAUUAAUUACGGAAUGCCUGGUAAUGAGAUCACUUUGAUGCAAGCUCGAGGCCGCGUGAGAGCGAACAUGCCUGAUGAUUGGCAGUAUGACAUCAUCGUGUCACGUGAACAGGUCAUGAUCAAAGAACGAGAUUUGCGGAAGGAAAAGUUGAUGAAAGAGACUAUCGCGAAAGUGAAAAGAAAGAGCAAGGAAGAUUUUAAAAAAGCGGUAGGAACAUUAAUAACUUGAAAUAUCUCGUUGAAAAUUAAAGUAAUGCAAUUUGCCGUUUAAUACCAAUAUAGCUGUCGGCCACUGGCCAUUUAGUGAAUGCUAACCGUUACAUAUAAUAUUGUAAAAAAUUGGAUUUAAAACACUUUCUGUAACCCACUGCACACCUACAAAAAUGCAGCAGACUUGUAACAACAUUAACAAUUGUCGUCAUUGCUUUAAGUAAUUGUAGCAAGGUUGUUGUCAGCAAGCUUGAUACCAGUUGCUGUGGGUUUGACAGCCAACAAGUCCUAACAAAUUUCAUGACAUGAAACACAAGCUUGAUAAGCCAACAACUUGUCAACAAGAUGUGAGAUUUUUACGAGUACAGUCCACAAUACACUCUCUCCUGCGAUUCAACUUACUUCGCACAAACGUGUUUCCUUUCACUACUUUUAAAAGCUUCUUUUCUCUCAGCAAAAUUAUCCGUGGAUUGGAACGGACAAGAAAAUUUUUCUUUGUGUCAAAGUAAUUAGUUCCAACCCAGAGCUCACAAGACAAAGAAAAAUGUUCUUGUCCGUACCAAUCUACGGAUACUUUUUCUGAGUGGAAACUUGCCUUAACACGCGUUCUUUUUUCUCUAAUAGGUGGAGAAACGUCAAAAGGAACUCUACGACAACUACCUUAAAAAUCUUGCCAAACAAGGGUCAAGUCAAGCUUCACCGGUUCCAGAUGAUCUUGAUUUUCACUGUUUCAGAUGUGACGCAUUUGCCUGCAAGGCAAAACACAUUAAAAAGUUCCACGAGACAAAUCAUAUUGUCCCGAACUAUGGAGCUAACCUCCACAACGUUGUUUUCAAAGAGGUCUCGGACUCCAAAACCAUUCCUGGAGGUUUCAACAAGACUGGAAAAACGUAUUGUAAAACGUGCAAUCACGAUUGGGGCAACCGAGCGAGGAACGACUAUGGAGAGUUCCCUCUGGUAAAGGUCUCUUCCUUUCGUGUUAGAAAAAGUUCAGGAGAAUCGAUGGUGUAUAAAAAGUGGAAAGAAUUUCCAUACGAACUCGAUACAUUCGAUCCAGAGAACGAUGUUGAUGUACUGAACUGAGCAAUUCUUUGCUCAUGAGGAAAACGAAAGUUUUGAUCCUACAAAGUUUGAUUCUCGGAAACUUUGCACCAUGGAUAUUAAUGAAAAAUAUAUUUAUAAAAUAUAGAACUGAUAUAACUAUCCCGUAUAAAUAAGUUGUUUUAAUUAAUCCUGUAAUUUACAACGAACGAUAUCAGUUGAACUGUUUUCUAUAAGAAUUCAGCAUUCACAAUUUUCCCGUAAUUCUAAAAUGUAAUUUCUUAAGCGGGUCAUCUGUAGCACUCUUGGUUUUAUCCACUAUUUUACAUACUCGAAAAACUUCAGAGAAGUAAAAGACAUUAUACAGCAGAGAGAGAGAGAGAGAGAGAGAGAGAGAGAGAGAGAAUUAUUAGUGCAAAUUUAAGCAUUAAUUGAAGUUAUAUUAAAUUUCACAAAAUGUACACACUCGUAUAUUAAAGUAUUAAACAGUACUUAAAAUACUCAUUAAACAUUCAUAAAUCUUGUGGCAAAUCAUGUCAGCCAUAAUAUGUCACGUGGAGUGACUUUAUAUCUGAUAAAACUCAUCUUCAUUAGUAUUCUUUAUAUAAUCAAAGUAUAGGGAAACAACUAUACUGUGAUAUAAUCCCCUAUACUGUGAUAUAAUUCUUUUCUAUAAUUUUGUGAUAUAAUUUCCCUAUACUGUGAUAUAAUUCUUCAUCCUAAUUAGUACGAUUAUAUAAUUGUUCAUCCUAAUUAGUAUUCUUUUGUAGUCGUAUUUUACUGUAAGCUAUUCAAUAAAUUAUACAGUUAAUAGUGAUAAUUUUAACUACUAUUUAAAACACCCGAACUCGCGUUUUAUCAUAUCUAAAACGCUCAGCUGCGCCUCGCGUUUUAAAUAUGAUAAAGCACUCCUCGUGUUUUAAAUAGUACUUAAAAUUAUCACUAUUAACUGUAUAAUUUAUAGAACUUUUAUGGAUUUCAAUCGUUUCAGUGAACAAAUUUCAAAGAUAGAUAGAUUUAGUACUGCACCCAGGGACGUCGCUAUAGGGGGGUCCCAAUAAUUCAAACGUUGGUCAAAGUUGGUCAAAAUGGAAGUGAUAUUUGCCCAAAGUUGGUCAAAAUGGAACUGAUAUUUGCUUAAAAUUGAAGGUAAAACUGGGAAAAAUUACCAAAAGUUUGGGAUAAAAGAUGGUCGAAGUUGGCCAAAGUUCUGAAAUGGUUCAAUUUUAAAGAUUUUCAGUUACGUUUGCGAUGAAAAAAUUGGAAGUUUUGGUCAUCUUGGUCGAAAAAUUUUGAAUUUGCUCAUGGUGGUACGGAAAAUUUUUUUUGACAAUGCUUAUGUUAGUCGGGAAAAUUGUUUUUGACUAUGCUUAUGUCAGUCCGGAAAAUGUUUUGGACCCCCCAACAUUUUCAGGAAAAAUUUUUACGACUUGAUCAAAAUCCUAGGAAAUGUUGGUCAAAACAGGACGACCCCCCUCCCCCCCAAUGUUGAUGACUUCGCGACGUCCCUGACUGCACCGGUAUCGUAGGUUCAAUUUUCGUAGCUGUUCCUGGUUAGGUCUAAUAAAUAUGUAAAAUUUACACUCGAAAUUUCCAUAUCUACGAAAUCCUUCAACAUCAGUUCAAUUAAAGCCAGUUUUCCCAUGGUUUUCCAAGCGCACCGGUUUUGCGCGCGGGGAGGAUUUUUUCUUUCUCUUGUGAUUUCUUGGGUAGAACUAAUGAGAAAAGACAAAUAUUCCGCCUGGCGGAAAACCAGCUAAAUCGAGUGAGUCAGUGAGAUCUAAAAAUCCUGAUAUACUACGUUACUAGAACACAUUAUAUAAUACCUUAUUGAAUUUUGAUCGUUUAAUUGGCUGUCAAUAUGGUCACGUGAUAUUGAAUAGAAAAUUCAUUUCCCUAAAGUGCAAUGGAAUACGUUCCAUUGCCAAUCUCGUUCUCUGAGCCUGCGAUUCUCGGGAAGGAACGCGAGGCUCAGGAAUAAUCCGUUGCCGAAAGCCAGGAAUCCUGCCUAAGAUUGAACUGCGCAUUGCAUAUCAACGGCCAAUCAGAUUCCUCCCUGAAACGGAUUAUCCCAGAGCCUCAAAGAGCCUCACCAGAGGCAAUCUCGUACCCAUAGCUCUGGGUACGAGAUUGCACCAGAGGAGGAAUGAGGGUCUUCCCACAAUGCAUUGCGUCUCAUUAUUACCAGUGUAGUAUACGAAGGUGUCUAAUUAUUAAUAAAGGUCGCGUGCAAGGGUCAAGAAAGGAUAUCGGAUGACAAUAACAAACUGGAUUGCUAGACAAUAUACAGGACAAGAAUAUAGUGCAUUGAGUGCAGGGAACUAGAAUAGGAUUUAAUAAAGUGAUUUGUUUAUACUGCUUGCGUGUCGUGAUAUAUUACAUUGGUGCCGUGACCAAGAUGACUACAUCAACAGCGACAACAAGAGCAAAUUUGUUAUCUGUUCCUGAAACAUUUUCAAACGGUGAUUUUGAUUGACUGCACUGCACAGCAUCGCGCCGAACCGAAUCGCAGCGAAACUAACUGAACUGGGAAAUCCAAAAAAGAAGAUCCUCUAUUGGAAUACUGGGUUGUUUACCAUUUACAUGGAAAACCUAUCCGGUUUGAAAUUGUGCUAAUGGUAAGCAAAAUUUCGGAUAGAAAAUUCCAUUCGGAUUAUUCGCUUUCCAUUUAGAGUGACUGACGGAAAGACACUGAAGGGUUGUUUACCAUUUACAUGGAAAACCCAUUCGGUUUGAGUUAAAUCGCGAAGAGCCUGGAACUGGUGAAAAAAUAAAAAAGAUGCAAAUGGAACAGAAUUCACCGGUUGAAACGUUCCAAGUCGAUAAGAGAGAACAACCUUUUCAAACAAACCGUUUAUUCCGGAAAAGUUCCGGUUGGGCCGUCGAAAUAUACUUGUUCCAUUUACUUUCCGUAUGGAAUCACCGGAAUUUCCAUGUAAAUGGUAAACGACCCUGGAAACCUAAACCACACUUAUGCUGGGUUGCUUAAUCCGUUCUAAACUGUUCGAUUAUUGACCCAGUGUUACUGCAAGAGGAAACCGGAGUACCUGGGAUGCUUGAGUCGAACUGGAAGUACUUUUCUUACGGUCACAUGGAACCUUGGUGAAAAUUUAAUGAAACAACCGUAUAUUGUAGCAAUCGUACCACCACCACUGCGAAUAAUUCUUUCAUAUUCUUGUUCUUAAACCUACAAACAUUGUCACAUUUUUUAUAUCGUCCAUUGUUCUCGUUAUUUAACUUGUAUCAUUUGGAUUCAGGUAUAUGAAGAAGAGCAAGACACCACUACGAAAAUCACGCCGAUACCACGUGAUUACAUCAACGUGUUUCAGAAAACCAUCAAGGACGUCAUGACCGAAAUCGAAAAGAUGAUUUCAUCAGUUGAUAAACAUGAUCACCAGUACGGUAGCCAACCCUACGAAAACUGGGUGGUCACCCAGCUGAAGGAGAAUCUCGGUAGAGACAUUUUGACCUGCUUAGAACAGUUGAAGUUUUAUAACAGUUCAUUGAUGAUCAACGAUGAGAUUCGUUCUGAGGAUGCACUCCGGUAUUUACGAGAAAAUAUCCAGUCUAAAGAGUCGACAGAAGUGGAAAUCAAACUUCGAGAGUUAAAAGACAAUGCUACAGCAGUUAUCAAACAAGGUCUCGAGGUAUCCCAACCAAACCCGGGUUUGCGAAUGUUGGAGGAACGUUUGCACGAGAAAUUGUCUUGUGGUGCAGAAAAUGGCCUUGAGUCGAAAGGAAUUAUUUUUGUGAGAACGCGAUUCGUUGCUGAUGCUUUGGUUAAAUGGCUGGAAAACUCGCAGGCUUUAAAGAAUUUGGUGAAAAAUCCAACUUCGGUGAUUGGUUGUGGUCAGCGAAACGGAAAAGGUAACUACUCAAGCUCCUCCUUCGCUUCCGGCAAUAUAUUUUAGGGCACGUUUAAUGCACUGCGAUUUGUCGGGACUUCAGAUGUACUGUAAUGAUAAUUAGGAUAUAAUAGCGAACGUCUUCUAACGACAUCAUCAACUGAAAAUAUUCGUCACUAGCAUCCAGUAAAACCUAAAUAUGCCCGACAAAUCGUAUGAGGGCCUGUUCACGAGCCCGGUUUGCCAGGAAGCUCACCUGUGUGGGAUGAUUGUGUAUAUUUUUAUCCCAUCUAAUAUCCCACCUCGGUUCAAUGACAUUAUGUAAACAUGGAGUCUUCGAAAUAUUUUUGUUGUAAAUAUAAACAAACUGCACCUAAUGGGGCUCUAAAAAGAACAGCUUUGAACUAGUAGAGCUAUCCAGUCUAGUGUAAUAAAUUUAUCACUCAUCAUUCCAUCAGCGCUGCCCUCUCUUCCAGAUAAAGUGAACGAUCCCUAAUUAUGGUCAAUUUCCUGGAUAGGAAAUGAGUCCAUCCCAAUUAAACUCUCAACAGAAAAUUGGUAGCUGAGUCAUACGAGGCAUCAGCAUUUUUCAAAUGAGUUCCAUACAAUAAAAGAUAAUUUAUGAAUAGCCAAUUUUCAAAAGACUUGUACUUCCUUGCAUACGUUGAUGACGUACCCGAAUGAGCCCGCUUUGCCGAGACGCAUUCCAUCCGUGUUUAUAUUGUUUAUUAAUUUUCAUGUUUCAGUUGGUCUGGCUAAAGCUAGCCAAGACCGUGAAAUCAAGAACUUUCGUGAAGGUGAAUGCAAUGUCAUUGUAGCGACUUCAGUUCUGGUAGAAGGAAUCGAUAUCCCAAAAUGCAAUUUCGCCAUCAACUAUGGCAUGCCUGGUAAUGAGAUCACUUUCAUGCAAGCUCGAGGCCGCGUGAGAGCGAACGAGCCUAAAGACUGGCAGUAUUACAUCAUCGUGCCACGUGAUCAAGUCAUGAUCAAAGAAAGAGAUUUGCGCAAGGAAAAGUUGAUGAAAGAGACUAUCACGAAGGUGAAAAGAAUGAGCAAAGAAGAUUUUGAAAAAAAGGUAGAAAUAUUAAUAACUUAAAAUAUUUCGUUAGAAAUAAAUUAAUUAAAUGACCGGAAUUUACUGUUGCCAGUGUGCAAUAUUAUAGUCGGCCAUUUUCCGAGCAAAACGCUGCGAUGUAUCCUUCCACUCACCACGCGUUGCUCUGCACAGGCAUUUUACGACAGUCCAUUUUACCACAAUCAGAAUAUGAAUUAUUUCUCCCUUAUUCUCGUGAACAUAUGCAAGUGAAAUAUUUAAUUACAAUGCACAGAGCCUCCUAAGGGGAGAGGGGUGAGGGCAAAAGGGGUAAUUGGCACCAGAUAAAGUGGGCCGCCAAGUAACAAUUUUGCGAGUAAAUAGGACGCGGAAAUCUUUCCUACAAUUAUACGUUACAACACACCGCACUAUAUCUUUAACGUGCGUUCUGUUUUUUUCUCUAAAAGGUGGAGAAUCGUCAGAAGAAAGCCUACAAAGAAUACCUGGAAAGUCUCGCCAAACGAGGAUCAAGUCAAGCUUCACCGGUUCCAGACGAUCUUGAUUUUCACUGCAAAAGAUGUGGCGCGUUUGCCUGCAAGGCAAAACACAUUAAAACGGUCCACGUGACAAAUCAUAUUGUCCCAAACUAUGAAGUUAACCUCCACAAUGUUGCUUUCAAAGAGGUCUCGAGCUGCUCUAAAACCAUUCCUGGAGGUUUCAAUAAGACUGGUAAAACGUAUUGUAAAAUGUGUGAUCAAGAUUGGGGUAACCGAUCAAGAAACGAGUAUGGAGAGUUCCCGCUGCUAAAGAUUGCUAACUUUCGUAUUAAAACAAGUUCAGGGAAAUCGAUGGUGUAUAGCAACUGGAAAGAUUUCCCAUACAAACUGAAUACAUUCGAUCCAGCCGAGAGCGAUGUUGAUGUACUGAACUGA